ACCCCCCCCUCUCCCCUCUCCCCUCUCCCCUCCACUCAAUCUCACCAUGGCCGCCCGUCGGCAUCCGCCACCGUGGCAGUCUCACGAUCGCUCUCCUCGUCAACAGCAUCGAGAAUGUCCCCGUUGCAGAAGAGCUCAUCGCCGUCGCUGGUUGCCUCGAGGAGGCUGCACGCCACGGCGCGCCACCUGAGCCCCGCGACGACCUCGGCGGCGUCGACCGCCACCGAGUACCCGACGACGCACGACGCCAUCACCGACCCCGUCGACACGACCAACUUCCUGAAUAAUGAGUUUGUGCCGUCGCAGGCGACGACGUGGAUCGACCUGCACGACCCCGCCACCAACAACCUGGUGACCCGGGUGCCGCAGAGCACCGACGCGGAGCUCAAGGCGGCCGUCGAGAGCGCCGAAAGAGCCUUCCCCGCCUGGCGGGCAACGAGCAUCAUGGCCCGCCAGCAGAUCAUGUUCAAGUUUGUUAGCCUGAUCCGCCAACACUGGGACCGACUGGCCGCCUCCAUCACCCUCGAGCAGGGCAAGACCUUUGCCGACGCCCGUGGCGACGUCCUGCGUGGCCUGCAGGUCGCCGAGGCCGCGUGUGGCAUCACCAGCCAGAUCCCCGGCGAGGUGCUCGAGGUCGCCAAGGACAUGGAGACCCGCAGCUAUCGUGAACCCUUGGGUGUCGUCGCCGCCAUCUGCCCCUUCAACUUCCCCGCCAUGAUCCCGCUGUGGUGCAUCCCCGUCGCCACCAUAACGGGCAACUGUCUCGUCCUGAAGCCCUCGGAACGGGACCCCGGCGCCGCCAUGAUCCUGGCCGAGCUGGCCCGCGAGGCCGGGUUCCCCCCGGGCGUGAUCAACAUCGUUCACGGUGCCGCCCGCACCGUCGACUUCAUCCUUGACGAGCCCGCCAUCAAGGCCAUCAGCUUCGUCGGCAGCAACCGCGCCGGCGAGUACAUCUACGCCCGCGGCUCUGCCAACGGCAAACGCGUCCAGGCCAACCUUGGGGCCAAGAACCACGCCGCCGUCCUGCCCGACUGCAACAAGAACCACGCCCUGAACGCCAUCGUCGGCGCCGCGUUCGGCGCCGCCGGUCAGCGCUGCAUGGCCCUCAGCACCUGCGUCAUGGUCGGCGAGACCAAGGACUGGCUGCCCGAGAUUGCCGAGCGCGCCAAACAGCUGAACGUCAACGGUGGCUUCGAGGAGGGCGCCGACCUCGGCCCCGUGAUCAGCCCGGAGAGCAAGAAACGCAUUGAGGACCUCAUCGCCAGUGCAGAGGCCGAGGGCGCUACCAUCCUCCUCGACGGACGUGGCUACAAGCCUGAAAAGUAUCCUAAUGGAAACUUUGUCGGUCCUACCAUCAUAACCAACGUCACCCCCGAAAUGAAAUGCUACAAGGAGGAAAUCUUCGGCCCCGUCCUCGUCUGUCUGAACGUGGACACCCUCGACGAAGCAAUCAAUCUCAUCAACGCAAACGAAUACGGCAACGGCGCCGCCAUCUUCACCCGCUCCGGGUCCACCGCCGCCCGGUUCCAGAAGGACAUCGAAGCAGGCCAGCUGGGCAUCAACGUGCCCAUUCCUGUUCCUCUGCCCAUGUUCUCCUUCACGGGUAACAAGAAGAGCAUUGCCGGUGGGGGCGCGAAUACCUUCUACGGCAAACCGGGCCUGCACUUCUACACCCAACAGAAGACUGUCACCAGUCUGUGGCGCAGUGAGGAUGCUAUUAGCACCAAGGCCCAUGUCGUUAUGCCGACUCAUUCAUAGUUUUCUAAAAAGGGGGGGCAAAAAAGAAGAAAAUAUAGUUCUGUUACAAUGAUUCUGUCUCUCAGUUUGAGAAGUCUUAUAUUUAAUCUUGUUGAUAUGCAUGACUACUAGGAAUCGAUAUUCGUUGCUUACGCUGUACUAAAAAAAAAAUAUAGCAAUUGCA